UUCGCACAACCUUAUUUUCGUAACCGUCGUCCAGAUUUAAAAUUUCAUCGGCUUUGUUUCGGUUACAAAAUGUGAAAUUCUGCGAAAAAUCACAUAAAAACCGCAACUAUGUCGGAAAAAUUAAAGGAUUAUCAAGUUAUAGAUGUUUUCUGCGGCGGUACGUUCUAUAAAGUAAGACACAAGGUCACCAGCAACAUUUUCGCAUGGAAGGCGUACGACUGCUCCGCGUAUUCCGAAGAACAAAUACAAAACGUCGUAGACGAAGUGAAAACAAUAAGCACAGUGAUAUCGAGCAAUUUACUACGUUACUACGACACCAUACUUCACGCGCCGUCCAAGACAUUGUACUUUGUCCUUGAAUACAAUUCGUGGCGCAGUGUGGAGGAAUUGAUCAAGGAAUGCAAGGCCGCCGACAAACACAUCGCGGAAGGGUUCAUCUGGCACCUGCUGCUCGAGCUGGCACGCGUGUGCAAGGCGCUGGAGCCCGUCAGCGUGCGCGUACUGCAGAAAUGUAUCUCGACGGCGUCUAUCUUUGUAAGCGACUCGGGCGAGGUACGCGUCAACUGUUUCGAGCUGACACGGGGGCCCAAGUCGCCGGAUCUAAUGCGGCAGCUCGGAGACGUGGCGCACACCGUUUGUUAUCGGCCCGGCCUCAGCGACGACAAGAUAAAAGAAUUCUGCUACAGUGACGAUCUCAGAGAUGUCAUCAGCUUCCUCACGGACAACAGAGAGUCUGGCCUGCGUCCCGACGUCGUGUUGUACCAUCCUACCGUGCUGGCCAACUUAGAGACACAGUUGGGGCCCAAAUGUUUGAGUGAAAUACUUUUACCAGCGGAAUACACUCACACAACCUCUGAAGUUAACAAAUGUGACUCUGAAAAGGUUGUUGAUCUCUGCAGAACUGUAGAACCAUUACCCAGGACUAUAUUUAAUGUAGUGGAGAGUCCUAUUUACUGCAACAUUAGUCCUAGGAAACCAGCGAGCAUCCAGUAUGCAGAUUCACCCACAAGUAAUGGAUCUCUGUCUCCAACUCUAGCUGCCCUAGCUCUGGAGUUGCCUGGCUAUGUUCCUCGCUGCAGAAAGCCCUACACUGAUGUUGUGGAUCAAUACAACUGCCCACAAAGGGUUUCGGAGGACACUUUGAGUCAGCAGUGGAUGUCUCGCCUUAUAGCGCUGCGACAGCGCGAAGAGUCGCUCAACAAGAGAGAAAGGGACCUCAUAGCCAAGGAGAUAGUCAACAGUCCAAGCACAAAGAUAAUCCCAAUAAAUGACUCACAAGAGUUUGUGUCCAGCGAGCACAGCAAUGGCAUUACACUGCCCCAAAUGAUAACACAAGCUCAGGACGAGCGGCGGGAGUGUGCGCCGCGCCGCCGGCACCGCCGCGCCUCCUCUGUGCGCUCCCGGGGCAGGAGGAAGAGCUACGGGUAUGAGGACUUGGAUAGCUCCCUCUCAGCCGACGCUGGCGACGGCAGCAUGAUUAUAACAGCUGCCAAAUUCACCCAGGAGAACAUGCCGCGCCGCAACAUCUUCCCUGACGUAUCCACCAAGAAAGUGCAUUUUACAUCUUCAAACCCCUUUGUGGAGAGUGAUGAGAGUGUCACACUCACUUUCUAUGAGCUGGACAACCUAAAUGUGAGCAACAAACAUCAACAGGAGCAGCAUAAUGUGGCUAAAGAUAUUGCAAAGUUCAAGUACUUAAACUUAGAGAAACUCGCCACUGAGAAAAGAUCAGCAAGGGGCUGGAGCCACUCGUCUCCCUCCAAGCAAGCCAAGAUAACUAAGAGCAUAUUUGGGGACAUCACUAACAGCAUCAGGAAGACACCUUCAAAGUCCAGCAUAAGUUCUCAGUGCACAAACUCUUCGAGAUAUUCAGUGAUGUCCAGGAGUGAGUGGAGUGUAGACUACAGCAAGGUAAGUGAGGGCAGUGUGUCUGACAGGACUAGGGCCAGCAUGAGGCUGGCACAGACCCCCACUGCACCCCCUGACAAGAAGGGCAAGGCUCGGAAAUCUUUGCUCAACUUUAAAACACCAUUCAAAUUUAGGGCAUCUAGGAACUGAAACUGUCUAACUUCUCUACCAUUGUUGUAGACAGACUACUUAAAAGUUUAUUGUGAGUGUUUUAUUAAUUAGAUUUUAAGCUAUGAAUGUGAUCUCCAUUCUUAAUGAUAAAGUUUGCAAUAUUUUAUAGAAAAUUAAGUUAGAAUACAUAAGAAAAGUAAUAAACAGUGGUGCAAUUGCCUGUAAUGUUCAUGUAACUCAUAUUCAUUACAUUACAAUAUCAACACAAGUAAUUAUCAGAGAAAACUUCUUCACCUAAUCUCGUAAAUUACAUAAGUGAGGUUGUGUUUAACUUAUUGACAUUACAAUAUCUUUUGUAGUUAUUCACACAAACAAGUAUUUUAUUUACACAAGUAUUUUACAAUUUCAGCUAUUUUAUAUCAAUUAUAGAAGGUUUUUAUUGAAUUCAAGACAUUUUGUUAUCUCUAUAUAAUAAGUAACUGCUUAUACCCACUUUACAGUUUAGUACAUUAUGUUGUAAUCAUUUAUUAUAAAAGGUUGUGGUUUUAUACUAGACUAGUUUAGUUUAUACAAUGCUUAGCUUCCAUUCAGUUCCUCAUAAUAAUUGGAACUUAUCUGUGAAGUCCACAUCACUAAUAACAUAUUUAACCAGAAUUAGGACUUUGGUAAUGAAAAUGCAGUAUAUAAUGUAAAUAUAUUCGAAUUUGGUACAUGUCCUACAAUAUAAUUGCAAGAAGACUGAAGUCUAGUAAAUCCCUUUUCAGAUUGUUUCAGUAAUUAAAAAGUUAUGGGAACUCGGAAAUGUUACAUUUUAUUUUGAGUAAUGGCAAAUUGAUUGAAAGACUUAGCUCAUAUCUUGUCACAUUUUACUUAAAUACAUAAAUUAGCAUUGAUUAUAUAUAAGAUACAUAGUAUGGUUCAGUCUCUCCAGUGUUGUGGACUUCAUUAUAUAUUACUUAUUUUUUUUUGUACAUAAAAUGAAUACGGACAUCAACCCACCCUAACAUUAGAAUAGUAGUAUUAGAAUAAAAACAAAUUAUUUGUAUAUUGGAUCAAAUUAUAUAAAUGAAUUAUUUUUUAUUACAUAGUAUUAUGGCAUUCAUUUUUUUAUGUAUGACAAAUCAAAUGGCCCUAGGCACUAUACUUAAGUAUUUUAUCUAGAACCUAGAUACUGAGUUAACUACAAGAUACAUUGGUCUGUAAAUGUUUGUAGUUCAACAUAUUAGUCUAUCUGUCUUCCAUGAUGUAGCAGAAAUACUAUGCAAUUCAAAUGAGAUAAUAGUUGAGAUUGCAAAGAAUGUACACUGUAAUAGGAGGAGUAAUAUUGUUAGAUGUAAGAUUACAAAAAAAAAAAUUGAUUUUGUCAAAAUCAGAGUAGUGACUAUGUGUUCUAAUAUAAGAAUGAAGUGUAUAGUACAUAAAGUAUUUUUCUACCAUUUUUAUUUUGUGACAAAAUUUUACAUUAGUACUCGUCCUGUGUUGUUGAAUAAAUAAGAUAUUCAUAGUCAUUAAUUGAAGAACAAUUGACUUAUUAUAUAUAUUCUGGAAAUUAAUCACAUGGUCAUGUAACAUAUUUUGAAUAUUUGUGUGUCAGAAUAAAGUUAUAUACAGGUUGCUAAAUAAAACAUCAGCCUGACAGUGACAAGUGACAGCUAUCAUGGAAUUUGAGUUGCAUGGUAUAUACUAUAUAUAUAGAUGUAAGUUGAUUUGUGAUUUCUAUUGAUUGUGAGUUGCCAUACAUUAGUGUGUACAUGUUUAGAGGCAUUCAUUUUUUGCUUAAAACUAUGUGUAGGGAUAAUUAAUAAGCUCAAAAUAAAUAUAAAAACCUCA